AUGUCUCUAAGACGAGCCCUUGUAUUGUCGCGGUACAUAUCGCGACAGCUCCAGCGACCGACAACUCCUUUCUGUACCUUAUCCGGACUGGCACAAGCACCAAACACGAAAGAGAGAUUUGUGCCUGUAUCUGCGCCGAUGAGCUUCGACGACGUCGAAAUCGCUCUUGAAGGCGAGCCCACGUGGGAUGUUGAAUCGCUCCUGCCUCCAGAAAAGCAAGCGCCAGAUGCCCCGAAAAUCACCUCACAACAGCUCAACCACCUCCUCCGUCUCUCGGCCCUGCCGCUACCGAAGUCCCAAGAAGAAGAAAACAAGAUGCUUUCGACGCUUUCCGAUCAACUCCAUUUCGUGGGGAAGAUACAACAGGUUGACACGAUGGGCGUGAAGCCGCUGAGAGCUAUAAGAGACGAGACUGCGGCUGCUGAAGCGGAGCAGACAAUCACGUUGAAGACGCUGAAGGAUGCACUCGCGAAAGAGAAGGUCAUUGGCAAGCACUACAAGCGCAUACAGAGGGAUACCACGCCGGUAGAUGCCUCCAAUGCUGAACGCUGGGAUGUUCUGGGCUCAGCGGAGCGGAAACAGGGAAAAUACUUCGUUGUGAAGAGCGAGCGCCCUCAGGAAUAG